UUCAGGCAUUUUUAAGCUUUUCCCCAAAUUUUUAUACUGAAACGGCUUGAAAAGGCUUAGUUGCUACAAUGAACUUUUUUUGUGAUCUCCACUGCGAAGCAGGGACUAGUUCAUUUUCGAACCAAAACUAAGUUUCAUUGGCAAACUUUAUUGGUAUUGCGCAUUUUUUAAGCUGAUCUUUUGUUUAGUAACUAUGGAACUUUGGUUGGCCAGUUCCUUUAAGAACCUCACCGAGGAGGAUGAAUUUACAGACUGCUGUAUAAGCGUCGAAUCGAUCAAAUUCCGAUGUCACAAAGUAAUAUUGGGUGUUGCCUCCGACUUCUUCAAACACAGCUUUCUGUCUGGUUUUAAGGAGUCUUCCACCGGGGAAAUAGUGCUUACCUACGUGAAGGCGGAUACUUUUAAAAAGUUCCGGCUGUACGUCUACACCUACAGCAAGGAGACCUUGGCCAGCUACAGCAACGAGGAUGUUAUAAGCCUGAUGGAGUGCGCCGACAUGUGGAUGGUCGAGCCGUUGAAGAAGGCCUGCCAUGAGAUCAUCCAGAAAAGGCUGCCACAAAUGACCUUCUCUGAUCUGCUUCUCUACUUUGAGUUUGCUCAAAACGUCGACGACAAAGCGCUCAUCAAGGACACUGCCUUGUAUAUGAACAAACGAUAUUCGCUAGAUGGCAAGACGGUUUCAGACGAGGUCUAUCAAUUGGGCGCGGUUGUGUUUAGAGAUUUCCUAAAAGAAAUAAAGCAAAUGACAGAAAUAACUCGCUAUCAGAUGGUGGAGAAGUAUGUGACCAUACAUGGAUUAAUUCUUAACUUACACAAAAUACCAAAAUGGGAGUUCAACGGCCUUGCCAAUAACAGUGAGAUUCAGAAAUCAGAUGACUAUGCAAACCCCAAUCCAUUCAAGAUCGAGAAAUUAAACUUGCCUUUUGAUACGGAUCCCAGGCCUAAAACAAUCAACAUGGAGUAUGUACAGAGCUUGCUAAAACUUGUAAACUUUAAAAGAAUGUCAGCCAAGCAAUUUUACGACGGACCGGGCAAAUCAAAAUUGAUUACCUUUGAGGAAAAGUUCAAUAUACUCUACUCAAUAGUUGGAGAUAAUUGUAAUUGCUAAAGGUGUUUCUUACAACAAAAUAAAUAAAUGUAGUAUACACCAAAGAAAUGAAUAAAUUCCAUUUUUUUUAAGAAUCGAGUAUGACAUUGGACUUUUCAUUAGAGGCUCUACGACAAGGCAACAUUAGCGCA